AUGCACGAGCUACUGAAGCAUGUUUUGACGGAGCGGGACCUCACUCGCGCCGGAGACAUCUUCGCGAUACCUGACGCGGACAUAGUUGACGAUCUCAACGAAGUCUUGAAACAAAUAACUGAGAUAUCAUCUCGACCAGACUACUGUCGGAACGACCGAGACCAGGCUCUGAUAGAAAUAUGUGUUGCGCGAGUAACAUCCUGUGUGAAGGAGACCGGUACCCUGGACAAGUACUGCGGGCCUCUAGUGGCCCUGCUGGAGUCUUGUCUGCACCACAACCUGAUGCCCCUCGGCCACCUCCGGGACGAUGAUCCACCUCAUGCUAAGAUAGCUUCAGAUAUCAUAGCAUGCAUUGUUUUGGUAUCAUUCCCACUUCAGUCUGACAAGGAGAACUAUGGCAACAAGACUGUAAUGGAGCUGUUCCUGCCAGUGGCUGUCCAGUUCCUGCACAAAGGUAACAGAGAGAUAUCGCGUCACAUGGCGCGGUACCUCUCUCUAGCCGCCGUACACCAUGCAGUGCUGCUGAAGCCACAUGUGCAGACUAUCAUGGACUCCAUUAUGUCAGGUAACUACCCUCUCUGCCGGAUCCUGACGAACCUGUAUGAGGUGUCUCCGGAGCCGCUCGAGGGUCACACUCCAGCACUGGUGUCGUUACUUCCGCACGCUGAGCCGGUGGAGAAGAGCUCCCUGUUUGCUCUGUUCGAGCAAAUUGCAGUUCGCAAGCCAGAGGCUCUGAAGACAUGUGUGCCACAGUUGUUGUCCUACUUGUGUCCCCAUACAGCCAGCCAGAGUGAUCCAGGCUGCAUGUGUGUGGAUAUACUGCAGGUGAUAGCGAGCCUGAGCCGCAGUCGAGUGACGUUGGUGGUGGAGCAAGGCCCGGCCGUGCGGCGGGCGGCGCGGGGCCCGCACGCCUCGCCGCAGGCCGUCACGCUCGUCGCCAACAUACUCACACAGCUCGGGUACACCAGCAGGGAGUUGGCCCAGGAAGCACUAAACUUCGUUGUAGAGCGCCUAGGCUCCGCGCCGCGCGCCCUGCAGGCCGCGCUACUGAGGGACGCCACCUCGCUGUGUAGCGCCUUCCCCGCUCUCUUCACUGAUAACUUGCUCACCGCCGUGCGAGCCAACACCAGCAAUCGUCCUAAAUCGGGGUCGAGUCAGAGCGAAGUGAAUCGAACAUCAACAGGGGUCACUAUCGUGAGGUUGGGCGGGGGACAGAUCCCCGCGGGGGGCGGCAAUACGGGGUCUGGUGGUGGCAGUGCGGGGGGAGGGGGGAAUGGGACUAGCAGUGGGACGGGGAGUAAUGCAGGGGGCGUGGCGGGGGCAGCGAGCGGUCCGGGGGCCGCGGGGUCUGCGCCCGCGCCGAGUGGCUGGGGCCGCCGGGCCAAGCUGGGCGACUCGCGCAGCACGGGCCGUCUGCACCCCGGGCCCGCGCCGCAUCGCAGCAUGACUCGACUCAAUGUACCUGGAGGUUCAGUGGGUGGUCUCCACAAGAGUAUGACGCGGUUGUCAUCUUCGCAACAAAUCAACACGCCACCCAAUGGAACCACUAGUACAGUAGCAAACAGCAAACCCUCAUCAUCAUCAAGUGGCGUAGUGGGCAAGUCCAACGGGGGCAGCGGGGGCAACGGAGCCAACGGGGCCAACGGGGCCAGCGGGGCCAUCACAGUGACGAGCGUGUGCCCGGGGCGCGCCCCCCGGCCCGUGCCCCGCCCGCACCACCACCAUAACAUACUCAUUGGACCCAAUGCUGGACCCAACAACCAAACAAUAGUAUCAGGACCGCCUCUAUCAACACAGUCAAUAUCAGUGAACCCACUCACUCCGGGGAAAUCAUCAGAUGGUUUGACACCGAUCACAUCCGCAGUAUCUAUCCAGCACUCCAACACAGCGUUAGGGAAUGUAUCAGUUGUAACAUCAAGUACGCCGGGGUCCGGGCCUAUAUCGGUCAGCCCUACGAACCCGAUCUCAAUCUCAGGGCCCGUCACAGUGACGUCACGACGGGCCAACAACACUAGUGUGACUAUGAUCAAUACAAACAAUGGCUCGACCAAUACAUCGGCCUCCAACCACAGGAUCAGUGUGUUCGAGCCAUACCCCAUGAGGGAUACUGUGCAGCACUUCUGUGAGAAGCACUUGGAUAAGAUCAAGGCGUACAUGGACAACGUGUCGUUACGACUGCCGCCGCCUGCUAAGUGUACUAUCGAAGAGCGGCGCUCCAAGAAGCAGGCGCGGCUGAUGUUCGUGUGCGGACGGCGCGGCGCGCACUGCCUGUACGCGCGCGGCAUGUUCUCGCUGCGCACGCGCCAGCCGCGCGUGUGGAUCCACCUCAUGUUCCUGGCGCUGCAGGCGCGCCACCCCGCCGCGCUGUCCUCGCGGGACCCCACCGUGGCCUCGCUCAAACACUGCUGGGAUAUACUCAAGUGCGAGAACAAGACCUUUCUCACGCUCGUUACUGGAGCCUUCCCCGGAAUCAAGGAACAAGAAAUGUUGCUAAAUGAGUUGCGCGCUGCGGGAUUUUUCGACGUAUUCGAAGUAGUGGCGCGACGGAACGACGGCGCCGCACUACCACCCACUCAGGCGACCUGGGGUUGCUUCCUAUGCACGCACCCCGAGCGCGCGGUGGGGUUCCUGGCGGCGGACGGCGCGCCCGUUAUUGAGGGACAGCUCAAGGAGAAGAAGGGACGCUGGAGGAUCUUCCGGCGGUGGAGGACGAGGUACUUCACACUCUCCGGGGCACACCUCUCUUGUAAAGGAUCCAGCGGCGGCGAAAGUAUCGACAUAAACCAGAUUCGAUCGGUAAAGGUAUCACGUGGCGCGCGGAACAUUCCCAAGGCAUUCGAGAUCUUCACGGGAGACCAGACGCUUAUACUGAAGCCGAAAGAUGGAAAGAAUGCUGAGGAGUGGGUUCAGUGUCUCAGCAUCGCAGUGGCGCACUCUCAGGCCAGAGACGCGCCCGCCAAGGCCAACAGUCUGCCUGCGCGGGGACUCACGCUCAAGAGUUUCUAA